AUAUCGCUAUGCAUAUAAUGGACUCUUUACUGUUUUCCCCUGUUCACAAAUCACAACCCUUCCUCGGACCAGUGGCCGGCGGUCGGUCAACUGGAGCACGUCGUUUUUACCGGCGAGGUCAUAGUCGCUGCUGCUCCGUCACCGUCACCGUCACCGUCACCACGACGACAUGUUUGCUUCUUUGAUUGUUGAAUUUUUCUUUUGACAGCUUGGUUGGGAAGUGCCUUGAAGAAGGAAAAAGGCAAAAACUUUCAUAAUCUGUUGCAUUCCACUCAAGUCUUCAGAGCUGAAGUGGUUGGAGUAGUAGCCAAUGUUGCGGAAAAUCAUCUUUGGAAGGCAGUCAUUCUAUCGCCAAUACUUCCAACAUCCAUCUACCCUGAUCUCCAACUUAAACAUAAGUAAUCGUCUCUUCUCAGGGGACUCAUCAAGCCUCAACUUACCACCAACUGAGUUGUCUGGUUUGACUCCGGUGGACUCUUUGGUAAAUGGCUGUGACUACAACCAUUGGCUUGUUGUCAUGGAUCCACCCGAUGGUUACCCUCUAAGAGACCAAAUCGUCCACCGCUAUAUCCAAACUCUCACUCUCGCAGUUGGAAGUGAAGAAGAGGCAAAGAGAUCCAUAUAUUCAGUUUCAACAAAGUAUUACUAUGCAUUCAGUUGUAAAAUUCCAGAAAACCUGACUCAUAGCAUCAAAGCUCUGCCCGGUGUAAGAUGGGUGUUGCCAGAUUCUUAUCUUCCUCCGGGUGAAGAUGGGUAUGGAGGAGAACCAUUUGUUGAUGGAGAGGUUGUUCCUUAUGACGAGAAGUACCACUGCAACUGGUUAAGUUGUGAAGAUGAAGAUGUACCCAAGAAAACCCGUCGUUGAAGGAGGAAGAGCCAAACAUCUUGAAGAAUGAAUGGUUGAAGUUUAGAGAUUUAAAGCAAAUACUUUAUAUAGCCCAUUUUGUGAUAACUGAUGAUUAUUCUGAGGAUUCUUGGUUUACCAUCAUUCUAAUAUUGAUGGUUAUGGUGAAGAAAACUUUCCUUGAA